AUGUCUCGACUACUUACCCGCCGUAUAAGCCCCCUCCUCCGUCUCUCAACUCCCUCCCGUCUCUCUUCGACUUUCCAAACCCGUCCCGGUCCUCCCAAGCUCCCCGCUGAGCAGCAGGCCGAAUUCGAGCGUCUCCAGCGCGCAGCCGCCGUUUCUUCCGCCUUUCAGCCUGUGGAGGAGCAAGCUGGCGCAACAACACCCGCUACAUCGCAGGCCCGUCACGCAACGACCCCCGAAAAGUCUGAGGAUGUCAACCAAGGCUUGUUCCGUGGCGCGCCACCCGAGUUCGAGGGUGAUACGAAUCCGAAGACGGGAGAGGUCGGCGGACCCAAGAACGAACCCCUCCGAUGGGGUGGUGAAGGCGAUUGGAGCUACAAUGGACGAGUAACGGAUUUCUAA